CAAUCUCCCGGCUCUGAUCUCCAUCCGUCACAAUGGCGAUCAAGCACAACAACCAACUCCAGAAGCACCACUUCCACAAGGACUGGCAGCGUCGUGUGCGCGUGCACUUCGACCAGCCUGGCCGCAAGCACCGCCGUCGUGAGGCCCGUCUCGCUAAGGCCGCCGCUGUUGCUCCUCGUCCGGUUGACAAGCUGCGUCCCGUUGUGCGCUGCCCUACCGUCAAGUACAACCGCCGUGUCCGUGUCGGCCGUGGUUUCACCCUUGCUGAGCUGAAGGAAGCUGGUAUCCCCAAGAAGCUCGCUCGCACUGUCGGUAUCGCCGUUGACCACCGCCGUGUCAACUACUCCAAGGAGUCGCUCGUUGCCAAUGUCGCUCGUCUCAAGGACUACAAGGCUCGCCUGAUCCUCUUCCCCCGCAAGAGCGGUCAGUUCAAGAAGCUUGACUCGUCCGCCGACGAGGUCAACGCUGCCAAGGCUGCUUUCGCCGCCGAGGGCAAGACUGAGGGUUACACCACCAAGCUGGGCGCUACCUUCCCCAUCAAGAACAUCUCCGCCGCUGAGGCCGUCACUGAGGUCAAGCGCGAUGAGCUGCCCAAGGGCGAAGAGGCCGCUUACCGCCGCCUGCGGGAGGCCCGCAGCGAGGCCCGCUACAAGGGCAUCCGGGAGAAGCGUGCCAAGGCCAAGGCUGAUGAGGAGUCUGCUGCUAAGAAAUAAAUGUGAUUCUCAGCUAAUGAUGAUCGGGUCGAUUUUCAAGUCGGGGAUUAUUAGUGUAUUGUGGCAUGGCGUGGCUUCCCUUUUCUCUCUUCACCUUUGUCCUUAAAAAAGCUCCCAACCUCUCGAAAUGCAAAUGUCCCACUUUCAUGUUCACAGACCGGUCCUCCCUGCGAAGUUAUCGAUCAACUUAAUGAAAUACCUUUCAGGACGCGUCUGCUGGCUCUGCUGUUCAUUCCAUGGAGCGCUUGGGUAGAAUUUGCCGACUAUACCAGGGACAGGCAGCUUGGGCACCCUUCUUGUGCCCUUCCACCUAAAUAUCCAUGCUACAUUUAGGGCCAAUUUCUCAAUGCAUGGACGUGCAAGAGGAGAUAGAGGAGGAUUAGCAAUUGCAUGACAUAUACACCAGAUCU